CUCGCUCGGGGUUCGCCCGCCGACGCCGCACGGCUUGCUGGGGCUGGGCUCUUCUUCGCGGAAGUGGGUAGGAGGCGGUUGCGGUUAGUCGGCCGGGACCGGUAGGGGUGCUGUUGCUAUCAUGGCUGACCCCGACCCCCGGUACCCUCGCUCCUCGAUCGAGGACGACUUCAACUAUGGCAGCAGCGUGGCCUCUGCCAGCGUGCACAUCCGAAUGGCCUUUCUAAGAAAAGUCUACAGCAUUCUUUCUCUGCAGGUUCUCUUAACUACAGUGACUUCAACAGUUUUUUUAUACUUUGAGUCUAUACGGACAUUUGUACAUGAGAGUCCUGCCUUAAUUUUGCUGUUUGCCCUCGGAUCUCUGGGUUUGAUUUUUGCAUUGACUUUAAACAGACAUAAGUAUCCCCUUAACCUGUACCUACUUUUUGGAUUUACGCUGUUGGAAGCUCUGACUGUGGCAGUUGUUGUUACUUUCUAUGAUGUAUAUAUUAUUCUGCAAGCUUUCAUACUGACUACUACAGUAUUUUUUGGUUUGACUGUGUAUACUCUACAAUCUAAGAGGGAUUUCAGCAAAUUUGGAGCAGGGCUCUUUGCUCUUUUGUGGAUAUUGUGCCUGUCAGGAUUCUUGAAGUUAUUUUUUUAUAGCGAGAUAAUGGAGUUGGUCUUAGCCGCUGCAGGAGCCCUUCUUUUCUGUGGAUUCAUCAUCUAUGACACACACUCACUGAUGCAUAAACUGUCACCUGAAGAGUAUGUAUUAGCUGCCAUCAGCCUCUACUUGGAUAUCAUCAAUCUAUUCCUGCACCUGUUACGGUUUCUGGAAGCAGUUAAUAAAAAGUAAUUAAAAGUAUCUCAGCUCAACUGAAGAACAACAAAAAAAAUUUAAUGAGAAAAAAGGAUUAAAGUAAUUGGAAGCAGUAUAUAGAAACUGUUUCAUUAAGUAAUAAAGUUUGAAACAAUGAUUAAAUACUGUUACAAUCUUUAUUUGUAUCAUAUGUAAUUUUGAGAGCUUUAAAAUCUUACUGUUCUUUAUGAUAACUCAUUUCUAAGUCCUUGAUUUAGGAUCUCAGUUAAGAGCUAUCAAAAUUCUAUUAAAAAUGCUUUUCUGGCUGGGCACAGUGGCUCACGCCUGUAAUCCCACCACUUUGGGAGACCGAGGCAGGUGGAUCACGAGGUCAAGAGGUCGAGACCAUCCUGGCCAACAUGGUGAAACCCUAUCUCUACUAAAAAUACAAAAAUCAGCUGGAUGUGGUGGCACAUGCCUGUAGUCCCAGCUACUCAAGAGGCUGAGGCCAGAGAAUCGCUUGAACCUGGGAGGUGGAGGUUGCAUUGAGCCAAGAUCACGCCACUGCAUUCCAGCCUGGUGACAGAGCGAGACUCAGUCUCAAAAAAAAAAAAAAAAAAAGUUUUUCUUCCUAAAUUAGCCACGCAUAGCGGUUCGUUUGCAAUUCAAAAAUAAUUUUAUGAGUAGAUAAGAAUAUCGGUUUACCUUUGUCUAGGGAUUUUAUCUAAAUUUUCCCUGAAUUAUUAAGUAAUACUGAUUUGGCUUUGAUUCUAAAGUAGUAGAGUCUUUACCAUUAUAAACUGUAAAUCUAUUUUUGCUUAAAAGGAAAAAAAUGUAAAAGAUAAAUUCCACAGAGAAUUAUUCAGUAUUACAUUAAAAUGUUAAUGUCUUUUCAUUUUAAAUUGUACUAACAUUAAAAGUCUGCCUGAAAGUCAGAUAUUAUGACAAAAUUUGACAUUAAUUGUUUUUUAAAGUAUAGAUUUCAUUUGAAAUUAUAGAAUGCUAAUGUGGUUAGAGGACACCAAAGAUACUGGGUCAUCAGCCAUUAAGUAUAUUGAUUUCAAAAUUAAAAUAUUUGGGAACUAU